AUGGCUUUUCAGCUCCUCGACGAUCUAUCCGCGUCGGUGCAGUAUGAGAACCUCUACCCACACUCAUACUCCCCUUCUGGCCCGCAGGAUAAUAUUACAUCCAACGUCGAACUCCCUCCAUCUGGGUACACAUCUCACAACUCGAAUCAGCACUCAUCGGCAUCACGCCCCGGCACUGAAUUUAUCAGAGGAGAAUGUGGUGAGAAUCGCCCCUUUGACCAUUACGCAGUCAACUCGCACGGCCAUCACGCCUUGUACCCAGUUGGACGGCCCCAAAUAGACGAUGCACCUCGUUCUGCUCCCCACCACAGCCAUUCACCACAGAGCUGGCCGCCGUAUGAAGGCACAACCAUGGGUAUGUCGGUGCUGUAUGAUUCAUUUCCUAGCCCCUCUCCAUUUCCGCCACCCCGCCUCUCACCACCCCCACUUCCCAUGAACGGUGGACUGCAACACGCGAGGACUUUAGCAGGAUCUCUAGAUCCCGCAACUGGUAUAUUCUAUCGUACUCCGGAGCAUCCACGACUGCGAACAGCGCAGGCAUGCGAGAAAUGCCGAACGAGGAAGGCCAAAUGCAGCGGAGAGCACCCGUCUUGCAAACGUUGCGCCACCAGAGGCCUUAUCUGUGAAUAUGCUAAAGAGGGUCGAGUGCGUGGACCGAAUAAACCGAAGUCGAAGUCGAGUAUUUCAGCUCAAGCUGAGGAAGCCAGACCCGGUUCUCGGGGCAGGACGUUGAGUACGAACAGCAGCGCAGAGUCAGAUCAUAGAGAUGCCGUCCCAGCCGCCAUGAACACCACGCACGAACAACAAGGAGGCCCCCGAUACUCCCAACAUCGUCACUCGCUCUCAUUAGGAGAACAUAGGCGCAGUCGACCUCGACCCCCUAACCUGCAACUAGAGACAUCUUCGAAUCAUUUAAGACUUGAGCGACCUCUAACGAGUGAUUUCCAAGAAAGGGAGCAGAGAUCGCACACGAAUUAUCAGCAACAGCCUGGCUCUAUCAAGAAGCUGCCCCCCAGACUAUCAGACUCGGAACGAGAUGCAUUUCUGUCGUCGCAGGCGCCAUUUCGAGGAGUGGUCUCAUCCGCUCCUAUAUCCACGAGAUUCCACCCGAGACCAGGAGAACACCCUCCUUUGUUUACGCCAUCCCCUUUUCACGAGCGGGGUCAGCAUCGAGACGAUUGUUUUAGGGUCCAGGAUGAAUCCGCAAUGACCGACCCGCAGUUUUUCGGAGAAACUUCGCCGCCUGUGAGUGCUAGCAGGAGCACAAGUACCCUUGGCUCUCCUAUGGAGUCGUCUUCGUCUAUUGCACAUUACAACGCUCGCGGUGAGCGCCUCAACUUCAGUCUCGACGCCAUGCAGGGUAUGGGGCCAGGGCCGGCGGGCGGGCAGCUGCCGUUAGACCCGUUUUGGUUUGAGAUGCACGCAAAUCCUCGAUACGGCAACCAGAUCCCCGGGGAGGGAGGAGUGGAUAGCCAUAGAAGCCCGUAUCAAGGAUUGCCUGGGGAGGCAACAAGGGAUUUGAGGAGCCAAGAAAUUUCGUCAGCAGCUCCGCCAGGAGAUCCGCAUAGCGCCGCAGGAUCUACUGCUACUCACCUCGCGGUGCAUUACCCUCAAGGAAAUCUCCAAAUCUGCUGA